AGUUCAUAACUCUGGGUGGCUAACAAUAAUUAAAAACAGCAUUAAAAACAUUUUUAAAAAACAAGAAAUGGCAACGCACAUAUAAACCACAGUCAGGGUAAAAACAAACUCACCAAUAACAAAUCAACACAAUCAUUGUAGGUCAUACCUCCUGAUCCCCAGGCCCACUGACAGUGCUUGUGUCUAUACCAAAAUAGGCACAUGCAGCAUCUUUGCACACAAGCACAUUUUCUUUGACUGUAAGGUGAUAUGAACAAAACAGAGAACAUAUAUUCCUUAUCUGUCAGAAGGUUUGCUUAUAGUCUAGGAGGCCAGGCUGAAGUAUUUGAGCCUGAACCUAACCUCCAUAUGAACUGCCAUUUAUUGCAACUAUAUUUUACAAUACAGCAAAGCAGUUGAAGCACAGGUGUCCCAUUUCAUUAGUAGAAGAAAAUUCUCAUUAUAAUUUUCCUUCACCCCUAAUGCUCAGUGCUCUAGAUGUGAAGUAGGACUGGAUUUCCAUGCAACAUCUGCCAUGACUUUGCCCUGAUGAUGACAGGAGAGUUCUAGGCUGAGCAAGGAACCUUUUGUGGCAGGCCCCACACAUGAAUGCUGAAACAACCAUCCACCUGCCCCUCAGCUACUCUCGCAGGAAUUUAGAAAUACUCCCUAAAUCAAUAUUUUAAGAGGCUUCAGAAAACAGUAUGAUUUGCAUCUGGCACUGAAUAAAUAUAAAGGGAAAUAUCAGUUAGUCUUCUCCUGAAUUUGAAUGCUCUGACCACAACUUUCUUUCCACAACUGCCAUUCACUGAAGUUCAGAAGGUAGAAGCGCUUAGAGGUCUUCCAUAUCUUAACCUAUGAGCCGAUAUCUGUGGGAAAACAGCCUUGCAAGUAUCCAAUCCUAAGACUUAUAAAGGCCUUUGUAAUUGUAGUACAUUCAGUUCAUUCAAAAGUUCUACUAGGAGUACAGAAGCUGAGGGAUCACCAUGUGAUCGGGAAACACAUUAUUUAUGACCAAGAUGUACAGUUUCUAAGAUGCUAAUAAUAUGGAGAAUCCAAGCCAAAAGAAGUACAGCAGCAUAUCAUAUGGCGAAGGCAUCUUCAGAUGUCCUUGUCUAUGUCUAAAGUGAUCUGCAAAAUCUGGAGGCAAGAAAAUCUUAAGGACACUAAGAAACAUGCAUAGUCUUUCAGGGUUCACACCAGCUACUCAGAACCAGCUGCCUCCUUGUAACCAAGAGCCAGGAAGAAGCAAGAAAGGGGAACUUUUCUUGCAGAGCUCUCUACUUGCUGCAACUCAUCCUUCUGACAGUGGUGGGCUUCUUACUUAAGUUUGAAAACUGGGAGUGGGUGAAUGGAAAUAAAACCAAGAUAUGUUUUUCAGAAACUAGGAGAGGGCAAGCACAUACGAUGGAAAAUAAUUUUUUGUUUUUAAAAACAAGUUUCCCUUCUUUCAAAAAUUGCUUCAUGCUCUGUUUUUGGAUUUCCAAGAAGUAUCAGUCUUCAGGCCUCUGCUGGAAACAGGAUGGAUUUUUAUGUUGAUUAUAUAUAUAAUGUAUAUACUGUAUUGCCUGAUCCAAAAAACUUUUUUUAAUUAUAAAGUAUUAGAAUUUCAGCCUAGUACUCUUCAGAUGUGUUGGAUUACAUGUUCCAGAAUUCCAGCUGGAGGGCAUCAGAAAGUUGAAUUAGGUAAAAACAUGCCUUUUAUCUAUUAACAGAUACUAAUUAUAAUAAAUAAUUGGAGUAAUAUAUAUACUUAAUACGAGAUGGUGCAGACAAACAGCCAAAGUAGAAAGUUGCCACACAAUGAGAAACUUGCCUGAUCCACAAUGUCUGUUGUGAGAACUGCGGACCAAAACAGAAGCACUGAGGAAAUUGCUAUAAACUGAUUUAGGCCAACGAGAUGCACGCCAGGUUAGAAUCCACUAUUAAAGUGGAUUAAUAAAAUUGCAAAUAGAUGAAAUGUUGCAUGGGGCAAGCGGCUACUUACCACAAUUUCUCCUUCUCCCUUAAACAGUCAGGUCCAUUCCAGAAGCAUUAGACUUCAACCAGCCUUCAACUAACACAGCUAACAGCUGCCCAAGUGAUGGAAUUAGUAACACAAAACAUAUAGGCAGCAUUUAACUCCAGGUGUCCUGGCUCUAAACUUGGGGAAAUACUCUCCUCAUCCCCCAUUAAUCAACCCACUUCCAAAAAACAGAGAGCAGCAACAACUGAAGACUGUGAUCCUUCUCUGUUCAUCCUCUGAAUGUGUACAUUACAUGGGAAUAUAAGAAAAAGCUAGGUCCAGCAACAGAUCUACCUUUCAAGGAUCUUCAUGGACCCACCUGCUCCAAAGAGGACAAAAAUUGAUGGUUUGGCUGGUGGAACCAUCUCAUUUCAAGACAUCCUUUAGCAAAGGCAAAAAACACCUAUUGGAUCUUAUUCUUUUCUUAGCCCUACUGAAUCCAAAUUCCCUUGUGCAGAAAUUGGUCUCUCAAUCUUUUGCCCUUUGAAAAUUCUUUCUGCAUUGUCUGAUGUGACACCUCUGAAGAUUGUGGCGUGGGAUAGAUGGGGGAGUGCCUGAAUCAUAUUCAGUCCCUGUGAGAUAAUGUAAAGGUUCGCUGAACCUCACCUACAGCCUAUACAAAAAUGUACAAUCUAGAGCACAGCCUGCACAUUGAAGAGGAUGAUCAAUAAGGGUGAGCAGGUUGUCAUUCAGAAAAGCUAUUACUAAAAAUGACUCUCAAUGUUGUGUCCUUAGCAAAUGUCUGAGAAAAACCAGGGUUCUCUAGUUUCCUUUGAAAACUGUCUUCAUGAUCUGUUAUGCCACCAUUCUUAUUACAGUGUAACACAGAGCUCCUGAUUUUCCAGUCAAGCUGAGAUUAUCCUAAUUGUUUUCCACAAGAGCAGGUGGAAUCUCUUUCCUUCCACACAACACCUAACUUCUGGGUCCCAAAUGCCCACAUUUCCUGGUAGCUAAUAGGUUUCCAGCCCUCCCUUAUUUUAUAUUAAUUAAAAAAACAAUGAAGGGCAAAGGAAAGUACCAGCCUCAAGCAUACCCUAUAUUUCCAAAAAUACAUCUGGAUCCCAUAUAGACCUCAGAAGAGUUUUUAGGAAAAAAAUAAUAGCAGACUGAACCUGAAUGCUUUGUGGCAAAGUGUGCCCAUCUGACAUCUGCCCUGAAGAAAGACAAAGGUGGACUGUGGUGGUAGGAAGCAUCCCAAGAGGAUAAAAGGGAUAGGGUCUUUUGAUAAAUGUAUUACAAUUGGCCACACCCACAAUAGCAGACAUUUUGUGGAACAUCCAUAACAUAUAUUCCAAAUUCCAAAUGAGCCCAUUGGCCCAAAAGCUGGGGUCCCUUGGCCUAACCCCAAGUAUCCUAGCUUGCUUCCAGUCUGUUCUUCCACUCUCAUGAUCCUCCAGACUGUUUCCACUCCUGCUAAGCCUGCAUUGGGUCCUGUUGUGGUAUGUGCAAUGCCAAGUGGAAGGAAUGUACUGCUUGGAGAGACCAAAUGCAGACAGCAGAGAUCCCUCUUGUGUCAGCCUGAUGAUUUAUUGGCUCUAUCAUGCCACAUACAAGCCCUCCCAGCCUCACUGAGGCUCAAGGAGAUGUUCCAUACACCACAGGGCUAAGCCGACAGCCAGACGACGGCUCGCCUACCCCAAAUUCCUCUUCUUCCUUUGCUGACCUUUCCUUCGGCAUCUCAGGAACGCUAGCAGUCAUGGAGGCAGCAGAUUCAGAAUUUAAAAGAAGCCCAAACAAUACCAAAGACACCAAGGGGAAGUUUCUGAAGCUAUAGUAGCCAUCGGCCUAUAGCAAGAACUGUUAAGUCACAGACAGUGGUGGGCCAGUUUUGAAAUAGCACCUGAAGUAUUUCAGCUCAUAGCAGAAUUGAACACAAUUCUCUCUAGCUUCUGCGUCUGCCCUUUUAUUUGGGAUGUCUCUCUCUCUCUCUCAUUCUCCAAACAUGCUAUAUGGUAGGAUAUCUCCAAGAACACUGCCAGAGUCCACUGGAGGAAAGAUGCCAUCAUCAUCGUCAUCACCACCACCACCAUUAUCAUUCUCCUACUUUUACUUUAUUUGCAUGCCACAAAUUCCUGAAUGUUUUGAGCAGCAAACAAUAAGGCACAUCAUGAAAAACAAGGAAAAUCCUCAGAAAAUAAUAAACCUACCCUAAAAAUUCCAAAAAUCCCAACAGUUCACAAAAAAGAACAUAAAAAGAAAGAAUUAUACAAAGUCAUGUGCCUGCUAGUUUACUCCAACAAUCACAACAUGCCUUUCUCCUGGGCUAUAUGAAAUAGCCAGGUUUUAAUUGCUCUCCUGAAACUCAAGAGAGUAGGAGUAGGCCCAAUCUCCAUAGGGAGGCAUUGGGGUAGGAGUUGAGAAUCCCUGUCUUUGAGGUCCUGUCAGGUGGCUUUCUCAGUUAGAUGGAACCUGGAGGUUGUUGACCCUAUUCAAUCUGAUCAGACAGAGAUAUACAGGAAAAGGUGAUCCUGCAAAUAAACAGGUCUAGAGUCAUGUAGGGCCUUAAAGGUAACUACCAGCACCUUGAAUCACAUCCAGAAGCAGACUAGUAGCCAAUGCAACUCCUGAAGCAGCAGGGUCACUCAAAUUUAAGGAGGUUCAUUCAUUGCUGCCCAGGUAUUCUGUACCAGCUGUAGCUUCCAAAUGCUUUUCAAGGGCAGCCCCACAUAGAACAUGUUAAAGUAAUCCAAGUGAGAGGUGAUUAGAGCAUGAGUGAUUGUGAACAGGGUUCCCCAACCCAGGAAUUGGCAUAAAAUAUAACUGCAAAAUCCUUCCCAAUCACAGUUGCUGCCUGUUCAAGGAGCAAGAGCUAUGAAUCCAGGAGGAGCCCCAAACUGCAGACCACAUUUGAACGGCAGAGUGCAAUCCCAUACAGAGCGAGAUAGUACUACCUUCUAAUUAUUUAGCCCACAAACCCAAAGCCACUCCAUCUUGUUGGGAUUCAGUCUGAAUCUAUUCUCCCCAUCCAGACCCUACCAGUCUCCAGGCACUGGAUCAGCAUUUCUAUGAUAUCACCCAUUUGGGUAUCAUCAGCAUACUUAUGAUACCUGACCCUGUGCUAAUGGAUUAUCUCCUCCAGCAGCUUCAUGUAGAUGCUGAUGUGCAGGCACUCUGUAAAAUGAAGGUUUCCAGGCAGAUUUCUCAUCAGCCACUAACACUGACAGGAACCAAGCCCUCAGGAAGGAUAACUACCACUGAAGAGCAAUGUCCCUGACUCCAGUCCCUCAGAGCUGAUUCAGAACAACAACAUGGUCAAUGGUAUCAAAAGCUGUACAGAGGAUGAGGAAGAUUGCACUCCCCGAUCCCACAUUUUUCCAGAGAUCAUCUACAAGCAUGACCAAUGCAAUUUCCAUGCAGCCUGAAACAUGACUGCCAUGGGUCCAGAUAAUCUGCUUCUUCUAGGUCCUCUGAAGAUGCAGUACUACCACUCUUUCUACAACCUUCUCUGAAAAGGAAUGUUAGAAACUGGACUAAAUUGUCCAAAAUAACUGAACUGAGUGAAGGCUUCUUGAGGAGGCGGCAUACUGUAGCCUUUUUCAGAGAAGAUGGGAACACCCUCCACCUAAAAAAGUUUUUAAUUACUGCUCAGAUCCAACCUCCUGUCAUCUCAUGAGAUCUUAACCAGCUAUGAAGGGCAGGGAUCUGGCUGGGAAGUGGCAGAGCUGAUACCACAGACAGCUCUAUCGGCUACCUCAGACCCAUAGACUCAAACUGAUCCCAGAUUACUUCACUCAGGUCUGGAUGGUUUUAUCUGCCAAAUGCUGCAAGAAUUCUUCACAGUGGCCCUUGAGAAGGAGCAAUCCUCCUUCCCUUAUAAAGAGGACAAUUGGGGACAUUCAGGAGACAUAACAGGAGCAGCAAAGUAUUUUAUUUUUGCCACCCUUAUUGCAGCAGCUUGCCUGUCACUGUCCUGUUUUCUUGAAGAAAGAAUAGCCAUUUGUCUCAGUGUUGUCCUAUUCAUUAAGCUGUGUGCAGGCUGCAAAUUCUGACACACCAUACCUGAUACACCUCUCAAAUUCACUCAUUCAGAGAGCUGAGAGAACAAGGAUUAAGGAUUAAAGAUGCAAAUUUGUGUAAGGAUUGUGUAAGUUAGGUAGUGUCCACAAUGGGCUGUGUCCAUUAAGUUGUAGCAAGGGAAGAGUUAAUAGCAGGAUAAGAGGGUAGCCCCACUCAUGGCUUUAGAUAGAGUGCACAGUUCCCACUACUCUAUCCUUAAAAAGAGCAAAAGCAUUCAGUAAAAUUCAGCAUGCAUUCAUCAGCCCAAAACAGAAAAACUCUAAAUCACGAGUUUUGAGAAAUGUAGUUUCACUGGAAUGGAGCACAAUGGGAUUGACUGGUGUACUACUAUUCAGCUAAGCCUAAAUGGUAUAUCAGAUUCUAAAAUGGAACAUAAAGUGUAUGUAGUGGAACAGUAUUUCAGAGGUGGAGAGGAUAGCAUUUAUUUAUUUGAAACAUUUUUAUAUUACUUCUUGUUAAAAGAAACUUCAUGGCUAAUUGCACAUUUUCUCUUACUUAUUUAUGGAAUUUAUUCACCAUCUCAAUCUAGUUAGGCUCUAGACUGUUUCUGUUCUAUCUUGAAUCCUUCUUCCCAAAUCCUGCAUCUUUAUGGUAGUGGUGAGAGGACAGACACUUCAUACAACCAGACAAUGCUGAAGGACAACUGGCCUAAACCAGGUAACAAAAAAUGGGAUGUGACUGGAAGGAAAAGGGAAAAUUUUAUUUGGGAGACGAUAAUCUGGGUGGUAGCUAAAAAGAAAGGAAAAUAUAGGAGAAAAUUAAAUUUGCAAAAUAUUGGCUGGGAAUGCAUUUUGGACAUUUGGAAAAGAUCGGAAACUUUACAGAGAGUGUUCAUUAUAUGUAGCAGGUAAUCUAAUUUACCUAUUUAACUUAUUGCAGAAGUGGGUAAGAUGGUUUCUAUUGGACCAGAUCAGGCCAACAUACUUUUAACCAAAAAAUAUCAUCCAUAUUCCUUUUUUCUUUGUUCCUGGCAUCCGGUACCGAGAGAUGAAAAGCCUCAGAACGUAAGUUUCUGUUGCCUGUCAUGGUUAGAAGGCAGUAGAGUAGAAGGAGAAGCUUUAUGUGGAUAAUGCUGCGGAGCUGUGGUAGUAUAUUAUACCAUUGUUGUGAGUGCCAACUGUGUUGAUCUAAUGAUUCUUUCAGAGCACAUGAUCAAUGUGGGACAAUACAUUGAGAGGAACCUUAGUUUUAAUUCUGUCUCAACCAAAUGAGGAAAGGGACAAAGCCAAAGUGAAAUGGAAAACAAUGAACUUUAUACAAACCCUCUUUCAGAUAAUACACGCAUGUACAUUAUCAAAAUAAUGAUAUAGAUAGAUAUAUUAUAGUUAUUCUUUCAGUAAUGAGGAUCAGUUAAGAGAAGAGAACAGGCACGUUGGCAUAUAAAGGAGCUUAGAUUAAAGUACAGAAGCAGGACAGAGAUUCAGGGUAAUAUAGGCUGCUGUACAGUACAAUGCUGAAAUCUAGAACUCUGCUUUUAAAAAAGUAGAAAGCAAAAGAAACUGAGAUUUCCUGAAAGCUACCAACCUACAUAAUUCAGAUGAUUUCUAGAACCUAUUGAAAGGAUAGGAGAUGUGCUAUACAGUACUUGGUCCAAAAUGGCCUAAGUAUCUCUGGGGUGAAACCUGGGAUGUAAUAUACAUUGAAACUGGAAUGGAAGCUACUUUUGCUUUUUUUUCUGGGCAUCAAAGAAUUGUGGCAUCUAUAUAGAUUAUUACUGUCAGGGACCUAUACUGAAGAGUAUCACCAUCAUGGCAUUUCUCAGUGGCCAGUAAUGCCAUGCUAGUUGGGUUUGAUAGCAGUUGUAGUCUAAAGCAUCUGAAAGUUGUCAUUUGGGAAAAGUGGCCUUAUAACUGUACAGAGAAUGAUACACUGGAAGCAAAGAAUUCAUCUUCCUGCAAGUUAGUCACCAAGGAAGAUUAGAACUGCUCUGCAACCGAUUUAAGCUAACAGCUGGAUGCAUUUUCCUUCCAAGCUAUGUGGCUGCCAUCAUUGUCCCUUUAAUUCAGUGCCUCAUCAGGCACACACCAGAAAAUGUAACAGUGCUUCCCAAGCAGAAGCAAGAAUCACUGCUACCUUCUAGUUCUCUCAAGAGGAAGGCCUGGAUCCAUCUCUUUACCAACCACCAAUACACAAAAAGGGAGUCCCUCUUUCAGGACAUCUCACAUAGCUAAAAGCUAUGUCUCUGAAGCCAGGGCCAAGACAGUCAGUUCAGCAUGUUCCAUACAUGUAUAAUUUAUGGAGUAGCCCUUCUUUCCUUUUCCCCCCACCCCUACCAACUCCUCUCAAAGGCAUUUCACCACAGCAGGUCUGGGCAUAAUCAACUCCAGGAAUUUCCAUUCAAGGAUUCAGGGCUCUUUAAAGAUUUAACUGUUUCAGAAUGGAAUAUAUUUGACAAAAACCUAAGAGUUCCAACAUGUGAAAACCACUAUUUAUGGGCAGGGUUAGCCAAAGGCGUUUCACUGCCACAAGCAAAAGACACCACCUGAGCUGUAGCCAAGAUAUCUGGUGAAGACAUGGAGGACUGUGCAUGACUCCAAAUUGGCAUAACAUUACAAAGGAGACUACUUUUUUUAGUGCACCCUCAUAUUGCUGCUGUCACUCCAGGUGACCAAUUAGGUUUUGCACAUUGUCAAGCUGGCUCAAUCCUUUUCUUGGCAAGGAUGCUACAGUGGAAGCUUGCCAUGUUCAAGUAUGGCUGUCAAUUGUUUUUUGAUUGGGAGGCUCCCACAGAGAUCCAGAGGCAAGGUUAACAGGCUGUCAGAGAGCCUGUUCUGCAUACAGAUCUCAUCAAAGCCAUUAUGAUUUAUGGAUUGAGCUUCUAAGCCUGUUGUGCAGGAACCCUGUCUUGCAUGAUCUGCAACAGUUUAAAGGUGCAAGGGUUAAUACUUUUCCUCCAACCAGUCUACAUGCAAUUCCCCCUCCCGCCCACUCUUUCAAAGAAGAUAUAAAGGAAGGGAAAGAUUUAUCUUCCCUAUAGAACUUGGCCUUGCUCACUGGGGAAGGGAUGGGCACACCUCAGCUUCUCUACGGUCUCUCUCUCAUCCUGUUGAUCCAAACAGCUCCUUCCCAGCCCACUGACGGCAACAUCAUGAUGCAAAAGUCAGGGACCUGGAUCAGAGACGUAUUACAGAGACAACUAGGUAUGGCAACAACUGCUUGGAAAUUGGUUAAAGACUCCUACUAUUAUAUACCAGAAAUCAAGAGUAAUUUAUCAUCCAUGGAGAAAGCAUUAACUCCAUUAAGAAUGUAUCCUUCAGACUUACAUGCUCUCAGAGCAAUUUAUAUACAAUCCUUUCCUGGUCAGAAUAUAUGGCCUAACCAUUCUAGAUGCUUAAAUCCACUACUGGCUACUGCUCCUAUCCAAAGUAGCUCCAACAAAGGAUUAUGUAAGAUGAUGUCCAUUCUUCCAGCCAUUCUACUUCUUUCUCUUCCUCUCAUUACAGAAAUACAAUCCUCUAAAGGAACAUUCACCCGUGCUACAACUCUCCAGAACAACUCUUUAAACCACCCAACCUCACUGUUCUCUGGCCCAGCCAGGAUCCGCCCAAAGAGGCAUACAUGGGAGAGACCUGAGGAACAAGAAUGUCGACUACGAAGCCUGCUGGUUCGUAUCAAAGAUCUAGGCUUGGGCUACAACUCUGAAGAGACCAUCCUUUUCAAGUACUGCAGCGGGACCUGUCCCAAGGCACACAGCAAUCAUGACAUGACCCUCUCAAUUCUGCUGCAGAAGAGUGAGAUCCCAGCAUUGGGAAACCCCUGCUGUCGUCCCACGCACUAUGAAAAUGUAGCUUUUCUAGAUGACAGCCACCAGUGGCACGAAGUGGAGAAACUCUCAGCCUCUGCCUGCAGUUGUUUGGGCUGAUGGCUAAUGGUGGGGGGGGGAUGGAUGGAGAGACUUAUAAGUCAGCAGCAAAGCAUGAUUGUAUAUUUAGCUGUAUUAUUACUUUAUCUCAAUCCAGUCCUCAGCAUUUACACAAGCUUUUAAGAGAAAGAACUGCAAGAAACCCCACCAUGUGAUGCCUACUUCCCUUCACUCCAAGCACAGAACAACCCUACAGAAUGAUUCCUACUUAGCAGAAGACAAGGAGUACCUUCUUGAGCAUGAGCAUAUCAUCUACCAGCCCUUUCCUAUUCUUCCAAGAUCCACUUCACUUAAACAUAUUGGUGGCUUGACUGAAUCCUGUCUAAAUUAGAUAUGAAAGGCUCAGGCAACCAUCCAAAAUAUUUAUGGGUUAUUCCUAAGUUAUUUAAUUUAUUUCUUUCCUGAAUUCAAGGAGAGACUGGCGUUUGCCAACUUCCUUCCCAAUUUGAGCUUUCCCUGUUGUUUUUUUAAUUUAUUUGUCAAUUUCUUCUCUUGGAAGGCUGAGGUUAUUAGUCCCAAACUUGUAUUAUGAAUGAUUAACUGAUAUGUACAUACUGGUGUCAAUAAAUAAAAAUAAAGCAAGGACAAACAGUGUCUCCAGUUCUGGGGUCAGGAUCAGUAACUGGGAGGUGACUUUUUUUGCAUUACUGGAUAUCCCAAACAACUUAGUGUUGACUCUUGAUCCAAAUUAUGGCAAAUAAAUAGUCAUCCAAAACAUCAUGAAAAUAAACAGUCAAAACCAGACUGAAGCCA